CGCAUGUGUGACGUAGGGAGUGCGCGCUUGGCAGGGCAGGACUCGUAUGGAAAGUCAGAGCAGAGAAUUUGUGGAUCACUUGUUCAACUAGUGUGUGUGUCUGAGAUCACGACAACACAGACAUGUCGGGGGAUAACCAAGAAACACAGACAGCCGAAGAGACAUCGAUGGAAGAGAAGGAUGUCCAGGACAAGGUGAUCAGUCCUGAAAAGUCAGAGGAGGCUAAAUUGAAGUCCAGAUACCCAAAUUUAGGAAAUAAACCCGGGGGCUCUGACCUGCUUCGUAAACGCCUCCAGAAGGGGCAAAAGUACUUUGACUCUGGCGACUACAACAUGGCUAAAGCCAAGAUCAAGAACAAGCAGUUGCCGACAGCUGCUCCAGAGAAGACGGAGAUCACCGGCGACCACAUCCCCACCCCCCAGGACCUGGCCCAGAGGAAACCCUCUCUUGUGGCCAGUAAACUGGCAGGCUGAUGUCCACAAACCCCCCGCAGCCCCUCCCUAACCCUCUCCACUCCAGUCUCAGAGCUGUAACAUUUACCUAGCUGAAAUCCUGUUUAUUUUGAUGUCCUUCCCACCUGAAUCUGCCUCCUAUCCUUGUUGUUUUCCCCUUGCUUACCCUCGAAACUGACUAUCAUUGUCUUCUUACUUUUCCAUGUUGCUUUUUAUUCCCUCUCUACUUCAAUGUAAGAAACACUGCAAAACUGGACAUCUAAAUGUGAGUGUGAAACGUGGAGUGUGACACCUCUGAUGAUGAUACCACACUGUUUACUGGCUGAAGAGAGGGUCGAGGAAGUUGUGUCCUUUUUGGUUUGAGGGCUUUAGCAUGAUGGUCAGGAUCCCUCCGUUUGGAAGUGUGUGUGUGUGUGUAUAU